GGCGCGGCUGGUCUCGCGAGAGGUUUAGUGGGCGGGGCUAGGACGCAGUAUAAAAGCUCUCCCCGAAGCACGUGACUCCUCUCCUCCCGACCGCCGCCGCGCCGCCAUCAUGGACACGAGUCGUGUGCAGCCCAUCAAACUGGCCAGGGUCACCAAGGUGCUGGGCAGGACCGGCUCGCAGGGACAGUGCACGCAGGUGCGCGUGGAAUUUAUGGACGACACGAGCCGCUCCAUCAUCCGCAACGUGAAAGGCCCCGUGCGCGAGGGCGACGUGCUCACCCUGUUGGAGUCAGAGCGAGAGGCCCGGAGGCUGCGCUGAACAAGCGGUUGGUGCGUGCAGGACUGGAGUGGCAAAGAGCAGGCCCCUGGUCCUAGAUGGAACCGGAGUUCUACCGCUUGGCCCACGGGGAUGACCUACGACCGUUAAUAAAGUGCCGAUAUUGUAUGUAUA